CUGCACCUCAGGCCUUCCCCUCCAUCUUAAAUGCAAUCCUUGGCCAUGAAAAGCUUGCUCAUGUUUGAUACAAAUUAUAAAAGGUCUGACUUUUCUUGGCCAUUUCUGAAUGCAGACAUUUGGUAGCUAAGACAAUGGUUGAGAGAAGAGUGGUAGGUAGCACUGUUGAAACUGCAUUCUGGAUAAGAGUGAAGCUAGAAAAGGAUGCUUCAGAGAGCUUCAUGUGAGUUAUUUAAUAGUAACUCUCUUAACUUAGAAGAAGAAAGGGAUAUAAGGCUAUAUUAUAAUUUGUACAGCUAGUCUUUGACUUACAACAGUUCGUUUAGUUACCGUUCGAAGCAGUGGUGGGUUGCCCACGGUUUCUAUAGAACCGGUAGUAAAACUGGAGGGAGGCUCCACCCACCGACCCCGACAUCAUCAGGGAGCUUCUGCGCAUGCACGAGUGAAGCACACGCGGCCCUCUUGUAAAGGAAAUUGAUCCACUGUUUCUUGAAGUUUGCCCUCAAGAUUUUGGGCCUUGACUCCAUGGGAUUAUAAAGAAGUCUGCAUUGGGGCUAUGAUUUGUGAAUAACCAAGCCCUCCAUUAGCAUAGGCUGCAUGCAGUUAAAGCGAUUUAAACUUCCAGAAACAAAGGUGACUAAAGCCCAACAAAUAUCUUGGUUUCAGUAAAGGCUUUUUUUCAGGCUGAAGUAGAAUUCACCAUCCAUAAAAAAAAUUCAGUUCUCCAGAACAAGUGGUCAAAAGAAUAAAAUCGGUUUGCAAUGUUUUAUUUUUAAGUUCUCUCAGGACUACAGUAUUUGAUUGUGUUUUAAAUGGUUCUUGCUGAGAGAAAAAGUGCUGAAAAUGGGGGAUCAGCAGACGUAUAAAACAAACCACAUAGUUAAUAAUAGCGAAAAUGUAUAUUACCAGCAGCAGCACUUGAGUCCUCUGGCAUCUGCAAACCACAACUAUGGAACUUCAGCCAUGCAUACGUCUCCAGAGUCUCCCCUCUCUCCCUCAUUCCCUCAUGAUGCCAGGGAAAACAUAUCUUUGAAUGUUGGGCCUAAAGCCCUUGGGCUAAUGGAUUCUCCCAGGCAAGCAGACUGGGCCCAUUUGGCAUCUGGAAACCAUCUCCCAGUAAGAAACAGUCAGCAUGUCAUGUGGAACCCAAUGGCUCAGAGUGAACCGGUUGAUGGCUUUGACCAUCUCUGUUCCCAGAGCAAUGACCUCAGAUCACAAAAAAUUACCAGUGGAGUUUUGCAUAAAUUAGACUCUUUUGCCCAGGUGUUUGCUAGCCAAAACUUAAGGAUCCAAGUGAACAAUGUCUCUCAGCACAUUCAGUCGCAACCUCCAGUGAUGGAGAAUGCUGGUGAUAGUGCACUUCGACAGUUGCUGUCUCAGAAACCUGCUGUGGAACAACAACUUGUGUCGAGAUAUCAGCAGAUGCCACAGCAAGUCCAUCCCGGAUUUGGAAGUGCACAGCAAAAGCAGCAAAUGCAGUUAAUGCAACACCAGUCCUCUCUUUAUUACGACAACCAGCAACAUGUUGCCCACAUCCCAAUGCACUCCGCCAUGCACCAGGAACAGGCUCACUUGCAGCAAAUGCAUUCUCAACAUUUGCUACCACCGCAGCUACAGCAAGAGCAAUACUAUCUGCAACAGCAGCAACCCCAUCAAGGACAGCACAGGCUCUUGGUACAUGAGAUGCAGCCUCAGCAGCAGCAACAGAGGCAGUGCCCCAUGCAAACAGCUCAGUAUUAUCCAAUACAGCCUAUGAUGCAACAGUUACAACAGCAGCAGCAGCAGCAGAUACAAACACAACUUCCUCCCUAUCACAGGGAUACUAGCCAGAAGCCUCUGCACGAACCUCAGCAAUACUCCCAAGAUCGAGGUAAUUCCAUGCAGCUUAUACAGCUAGGAGCAGUCCCUCCGUAUUUCUAUCAAGAUCAGCAGCAGUCUUUCAAACAUUUGUAUCCACAAAGUGUUCUGCAGCAGCACCAGCCACCUGGUGAUGCCAGUCAGCCCGAUCAUUACCAGAGUGAUGGUAACGCUCAGGCAUUGAUGGAGGAGCACCUGGGACUCCCUAUGGCAGAGGGGACUGAAGAUCCACCACCACAGGGCCUGAAUUCUGUGGACAGCACAAUCUCCCAACAACCUCUUAGACCUUCAACAAGUGUUCAGAUGAAUAACAAAAGACCUCAGCAGUUGUCUCCCAGUGCAGUAUGGCCACAGCAGAUCCAGUUACUCGAUGGCAGACUUCCAUCAGUUUCUCCUGAACAGAGCAAUGCUUGUGAUAAAGAAACAUACGUUGAAAGAUCCGAACCAAAGAGCAAACUGACGUGCUCUGUAUGUUUCAAAGAGUUUAAAAGUUUACCAGCUCUAAAUGGUCACAUGAGGUCUCAUGGAGGGAUACGGGCAUCCCCUAUCUUCAGACAGGAGGAUGGGGAGAACCUGCCACAGCAGCACCAGGAGGAACAGCUGCCCUCCGAAGUGGAUAGCUUUGCGCCUAUCGUCAUGCCUGUGUCUGUCCCUGUAAAGGUUGUGUCGCCUGAGCCCAGCAAGCAGGCCAGAGAUGGCUGUGCCCUGGUCAAAGACAAGCCUGUCUCAGAUGAUGAGAUGCCUGUCCUUGUGAGGAUGAUCUGUUCUCCAGCACAUUCUCCUAACGCCAUCAGCCCGUGUACCUCUUCUUCUGCUGUGCUGAUGUACCCAAAGAGUGGAUCCCAGGUCAGCAGAAAGGAGCCCAAUAGAAAGCAUCACCAAAGUAUCACCAACUCUGAAGAAAAUAUCAAAUCUUUUCAAGACAAGAAAAAAUACCGCCACAGACCUGAACCACUCUUCAUACCACCUCCCUCCUUCAAUCUUACUGCAUCUCUCUCUGGGGCUACUCUGUACCAAAGCCAACUUCGCUCUCCCCGUGUUUUAGGAGACCAUCUAAUUGACAGGACUCAUAAUCCCCCACCUUAUACACCACCCCCCAUGCUUAGCCCCAUACGGCAAGGAUCUGGACUCUUCAGCAGCGUCAUCAUAUCUUCUCAUGGUACAUCUCAUCCCCAGCUGCCCCUUACUCCCCUGACACCCACCCCCCGGAUUCUCCUCUGUCAAUCUAAUAGUAUUGAUGGAAAUAGUGUUCUUAUGACCCCAAGACCUGGAGAACAGACUAUUCAUAUUGAACCGUGUAUCAACAUUGGCUCAAGAUUUCAGGCUGAUAUCCCUGAACUUAAAGAUAUAGCAAUGGUGGAGACGGAGGAUCACAAGGCAACGUUAGUUUGGAAACCAUGGCCAGAACUGGAGGACAAAACUUUUCAACAAAGAGUGACCAAUCUCUUAAAUAUGUGCUGCUCGAGCAUAUUAACUGGUGGAGGAACCAACAUAGAAUAUGGUUUGCAUUCUCUCUUUGAAGCUAAAGGAAAUAUUAUGGCUGCUCUGGAAAUGCUUCUUCUUUUGAAACCAAAAAGAGCAAAAUCACACCCUCUAGCCAAUUAUCAUUAUGCCGGUUCCGAUCAGUGGACACCCUUUGAAAGAAAAUUGUUCAGUAAAGCACUGGCAACAUAUGGCAAAGAUUUCAUUUUUGUGCAGAAAAUGGUGAAAUCUAAGACAGUCGCACAGUGUGUUGAAUACUAUUAUACUUGGAAGAAAAUCAUGCAUUUAGGACGACGGCACAGAACUCGGCAGGCAGAAGUAAAAACUGAAUGCCCAACAAGUGGUGAAGAUGAGGAAAUAGAAGGAGAAGAGCAAACUGAGGAAGAAAAAGCAUCUGUAAAAGAAGAGGAUACAGAAAUUCAGAAUUCCCCUGACCCACCGUCUAUUGCUGUUGCAUCACCCAUUAACUCUCCACCAAGCCUUGGGCUACCUGCGACCUCUUUUAUCUGUGAAAUGCCAGAUUGUGGGGCUGUUUUCACUUCCAGACAAGCCCUGAAUGGCCAUGCACGUAUUCACGGUGGUACAAAUCCUGUGGUCAAAAGCCGCUGUGGUGGCUCUGGCACUAAACAGAAGUCGAAUUCUCAGAAUGACUACUGCUCUGUCAAGAGUUCCCCAGCUCAUAGCACAACAAGUGGUGAGACAGAUCCACCUACAAUUUUCCCCUGUAAAGAAUGUGGCAAGAUAUUUUUCAAAAUCAAAAGUCGCAAUGCUCAUAUGAAGACCCACCGCCAGCAGGAAGAACAACAGAGGCAGAAAGCCCAGAAGGCUGCUGUUGCAGCUGAAAUGGCAGCCACAAUUGCAAGGACUGCUGGAUCACCAGGACACAGUUUGAUUCCUCUGGAUCAUUUAGACUUGAUAAAGCAAGUCGAACAGGGAGACGACCUUGGCAGCGAUGUUGUACAGGAACUGGGAGAAGUAAUUGACAGUGCUGAAGUGAUAAACCCCAGCCUCUUACUGGAUGAAGAAGAAUCAGAGUUGCUUCAGGAUGAUGUUGAGCUGUAGACAAAAUGAGCCACGUCUGUAACAUUACAGAUACCACAUGAAAUCGGUUUCCUCCAGUGAAAAGACUAUAUUUCUUACUUCCCUUUUAUUUUAAACGAUUUCUAUAGCUGGAUUCUUUUAAAUCCAGAACUGGCUGAACACAUUUAUCUUGUGAUGUUCCUGCUUUUCUUUUCUUUUCUUUUCUUUUCUUUUCUUUUUUUCCUUUCCUAUCCUUUCCUUUCUUUUCUUUUCUAAAAGUGGAGGAGAAUUGUUGUUUUCUAAAGGAAUCUUGGAAUCAAAUAUUCUGAAAAGACCAUAUAUCUUAAAACUUUCAAAAGAAACAUCAUAUUCUUUCAAUUCCUCAGGAGACUUUGUUUUGUUCACUUCUGUUAAUUCUGGCUUCAAAAAGGCCUGCAAUAGGACUGUGAGAUGGCAAAAACAAGUCAGUGAUACCUGCAUCUUCAAUCCAAGAUGGACAUGGAAUAAGCUGUUAGUAUCUGGCGAUUUUGGACUAGGGCAACCUAAUAUAGUCCUUCUGCUUGGCCCUAUAAUCAAGAUAAUCUAAUUCAAUUAUUUCCUCUCACACCAAAGGUUUGACACCCAAUGAAAAUUCUGAGGAGGUUUUGAUUGUCUUUCCUAAUAAGAUUUAAAUGGAUGUUCUGUUUGCUUGGGCAGAGGCAGAUUGAUAACAAUAUAUCCUGUUCUGCUUUACUUGGAUCUGGAAGGAAGAAACAACCAUGAAACCAGAAGGAAUAACUAGAUCAGAGGUGUCACACUCAAUCGUGCCAUGGGCUGCAUCGGGAUUUUGUUUUCCCUUUGGGGGCCGAGGUGGGCAUGGCCUGGUUGUUGCGGUGACUGGGUAGGUAUAGCUGGGCCCCGGGGCAACAGGGGCCGGUCCUGCACUGUCUCCAUGAUGGGCCGCAGACUAACUCUGCGGCCUAUUGUGGGCCAGAUGUGGGCGGUGCACCACGUGUUUGACACCUCUGAACUAGGUCAUUCCUCCAUGCAAAUCUAAUCUGAUCUAUUAUCACCAAAUCUAAUAUGUAUACAAUUGUUUCUUUUCAAGAGUUCCCAUAGUCAUAAUCCAUACUUCAAAGCUUCCAAUUUAGGAGAUUCAGAAGGAACAGUGAGGUCAGUGAACAAAGGAAUAUCAGGGAGAUUAUAGAGAGACUUUUGAUUUUACAGUGACAGAAUGGCUGAAGCAAACUCACCACUUUUUCAUAUAAGAUUCCUGGAUUGCAUGUAAAUUAAUGACUGAUGUAGUGAAGCAUAGCCAAUUUGUACAGGAAAUCAGUUACUAAACAGUUGUCUUUGAAAGUAUAGGUAUAAUAUGCUAUCUUUAGCUUCACAGCAGUGUUCUCCUGAAAAGGUGCAAAUCAAAAUUUUUCUCAAAAAGGUCCUCCUUCAAAUAAAUCUGGUUUUAUAGAUGUUUAUUAAAAUUUAUCCAAAUAGAAAAGAAUGGUUUGCAUUUUGUCUCUCAUCAUAAAUUUUAUGUGCCUACUGUGUCUCAGUGGCUGCAGAAUGCACAUAUGCAGUUCUACGCAAACCUUGGUGCAGUUCCAUUCACUUUUGUAAACUGAAUCAUCAUGAUGAUAUGAUGAAUCAUAUCAUCAUGAAAGUGUGUGCAGAAACUAGAUGGAACCAUGUAGAUUUUGGUCAUUGCCAAAGAGUUUAAAACUGCCAAGUGUACAAAUCGUUGAUGAGGUUAGUGUAAAUGUAUUGAACAUUGCACUUUUUAUGCCUGCCAAAAUUGUCUUUUAUAGACUCACAGGUUUGAAACUAAAAAUAUGUCCAAUAACAUUACACAAGUUUGAGAGACCUACAUUGUGUUUAUUUGUUAAGCUUCUCAUUUUAAUUAUACAACCAAAAUACAGAGCCAUAAUUAAUGUUUUAACAGUUUUCACUUUGAUAACUAUUUUG